GUCAUUCAUGUGAGCGGUACGGUAGAGUGAAGACAUAAAAAGAGAGGCGAAACACAUAGAGAGAAAAGUGAAGAGAGCGCACGAGUCAGACUGAUACACUGUGUGUUGUGUGUACAGAAACGUAAACAAUGUUUUCAUCUAUAAUCAUUCUGAAGCAGUGAGAAAGUUAGUCGCAUGUUGCCGUGACAUUACACGUACAUGCUUUGCGUUUCGGUGUAGUUGGGUGCAGCGCCACAUGCAGACAACAGUUUGGUUCUCCGAGAGAGAGCUGUGAGAGACAGAGCGAGAUAGUGAGAGAGAAUCAAAUCAUCUUUGGCAGUAAUAAGAAGCAAGCGGCGAGCAAACAAAAAUCACUGCGAACGUGUUUGAGAGCAUCACAAGUAAUCAGUCGUGUUGCAUUAGUCUUGGUGUGCGACGGUGUGUUUUCUGUCAAUUUUCCAAAUCGGUGACACACACAGUGUUUCUGCUUCUGCUGCUGCUGUUGCUGUUUUUUUUUUGUUAUAUUCUUGAGUAUCUGUGUUUUUUUCUUCGGUUUUGCUACGUGCAUUGUGUUUGGUUCAUGCAUUAAGUUCGGUGUAAAAUAAAAUCCCGUGCAGUAAAUGUGAAGAAAACUUACAAAAACUCGGUUCGAAAAGCAGCAAAAAUCCAAAUUCAAAUUGUUAGUUUUACUUCGAAAAAAAAAAUCGAGUGUUCAAUUCAGUGUGUAUGAGUGAAAUCUGCCGCCGACGACGACUGCAAGAUUUUUUUCUAUUCAACGAAUGCAAUUUUUCUAAACCAGUGACUUCGCACAUGAGAUAAAAUCGACAUUAGACAAAGUUCACAUAUUACGAAUCGUGAGAGAGCACAGUUCACAUCGAGUAAUUUGAAUUGUUCCACGACAAACUAGGAUGUGAAAGUGAAUCAAUCAGUCUCAUCAGUGUAGUUCUAUCGUAGUUUUGGUUUCAUCGAAAGCAUCCCGGAUCAAAUCGUGCACAUCGCAUCGUCAUUUCCAUUUUUGUUUUCGGAAAUUGAAACACAUUCCAACUAAACCAAAACGAUGACAUUCAAAGUACUGCGACGAGGUACACCGAAAUGUAUCGGAUUGUUGUCGCUGUUGGUCGUGGUCAUUGUUUGCUUGUAUUACAUUUCGAUUGGACAACAGUACAAUCCGAAAAAUUUGCUGAAACGACGGUCGGAGAGUGCUGCAUUGCUGGCAGAUAACAACAAUUUGGAAGAUGAUGGCGGACGAAAUGAUGCAAAGGAUACACAUUUCGACCAAGCAAAUGAUGUAGCGAACAAUCAACGGUGGAAAAAAUGCGUGGCAUUAAAAGAAUCCGAAUCAGAUAUAACAACUCAAGAGGAAUUUUAUAAAUUCGACUUUCAGCCAAAUUGGUUGCGAAACAAAGAAUUCUGGGAUAUGUCAUUUGAAACGCGAUAUGAAGCACUCAAGCGAAGCGAUCGACCAAAUCUGCGGGUUUUCAUCACACCAUUUUCUCAUAAUGAUCCCGGUUGGCUGAAAACAUUCUUGGGCUACUUCCAACAGGAUUCGCGGCAAAUUUUGAAUUUUGUCAUCGAUCGAAUGCAUGAGUACAAAGAUAUGACAUUCAUUUGGGCGGAAAUUAGCAUUUUACAAUUAUGGUGGGACCAAGCACAUCCAACGAAGCAACGGGCACUCAAGCAACUCAUCAAUUCCGGUCGAUUUGAAAUAGUGACUGGUGGAUGGGUAAUGACAGACGAAGCGAAUGUCCAUCUCUAUGCAAUGGUGGAUCAAUUGAUUGAAGGACAUCAAUGGCUAAAAGAUAACCUGAACUAUACACCAACAACUGGAUUUUCAAUCGAUCCAUUUGGUCAUGGCAGCACUCUACCGUAUUUGUUGGCCGCGAGUGAAUUCAAAGGCACCAUCAUUCAACGCAUACAUUAUGCUUGGAAACAAUUUUUGGCAAAGAACCAAUACGGUGACUUUCAUUGGCAACCAUAUUGGAAGAUGGAAAAUGCUCAUUCUCGUACACUUCUCACACACAAUAUGCCCUUUGACAUUUAUUCCAUUAAGCACUCAUGCGGGCCGCAUCCAUCGAUUUGCCUGAAUUUCGAUUUUCGUAAAGUUCCCGGUGAAUAUACGGAAUACUCAAUAAAGGCACAGUUUAUUACAGAGGACAAUGUCGAAGCCAAAGCCGAUUUAUUGUUGGAACAAUAUGCAAAGGCUGCUACGCUUUAUCCUCAUAAUGUUGCGUUUGUGCCACUCGGUGAUGAUUUUCGAUACAACCGUGAAAAUGAAGUCAGUCAGCAGUAUACGAAUUACAAACGUUUGAUCGACUACAUCAACGGUCAUCCCGAACGAUAUAACAAUACGAAAAUCUCAUUCGGUUUGCCGAAAGAUUAUUUUGAAGAAAUCAAUCGGCGGCAUCAGAAAUAUCCACACUUAAAAGGGGAUUUCUUUGUAUACUCAGACAUUUUUACGGAAGGAAAGCCAGCCUACUGGAGUGGCUACUUCACAACGCGACCCAUGUACAAAUUGCUGAGCCGUGAAUUAGAGCACAAUCUGCGAUGUGCUGAAAUUCUAUUCACUGUUGCACUUAAUCAUGCACGACAACACCAUAAUUCGAAUGCAUUACGCAUUUACGAGAAAAACUAUGAGAAAAUGAUAAUAGCACGUCGAAAUCUGGGCUUAUUCCAACACCAUGAUGCCAUUACGGGUACAUCGAAAGCGUUGGUCAUGCGAGAUUAUGGUUCACGACUUUUUGAUAGUAUUCGUGAUACGGUUCAAUUGCAAGAGACCACCAUUGAAAUGCUGAUGCAGAGCCGACCAUCGUCCGACAAAUAUCACAUUAUUGUCAGUGAACUGGAACGAGACAGUUUUAAUAAACUGCCAAAGAAAACGCCAAUCGUUGUGCAUCAGCAUAAACCCAUUGAAGUGGUACUGUUCAACGCACUGGCACAAGACCGGCUUGAAUUGAUUGCGUUACGCACACGUACACCAAAUGUAAAAGUGUUGGACAAUAACGGCAAUGAAGUAAAAAUUCAAAUAAAUCCGGUGUGGAAUCUCACCGAUAGCUCAGACAAUCUACAAACGGUCAACGUACUCCGAGCGUCGAAUAGUUUGUUCGAAGUGAUUUUUGUGACAAAUCUUCCUCCAUUAGCACUAGUUACAUAUACCGUCAAGUAUUCGGAGAAGAGAGACUCAUUGGCAACCGUUUACUGCAAUGAAUGCAAGGAGAGCAAUACGGUGGAUCGAAGUGGCGAUGUGUUUGAUGUUAAGGUACGAAAGGCGGGUGAUAUUCAAUUGGAAAAUGCUCAAAUGCGACUACUUUUUGACGGAGUCAGCGGUUUCUUAAAGACAAUAACACCGAAAAAUCAUCGCAAAACCGUUCAAUGCGCUGUGAAAUUUGCCGCAUACCGCAGUGCACAAUUCCAUUCGGGCGCGUAUUUGUUCAAACCGGAUCGAGAGGAGAAGGACAGCGAGAAGGAUGUACUGGAGCAAUAUACGGGGAAUCAAUUGAUUUUCAUUACAUCGGGUGUGAUAUCAAGUGAUGUCACGGUUAUUUAUGGCAACUUAUUGGCACACACCAUUCGCAUUUUCAACAGUGGCACUGCAUUGGAUAAUGCCAUUUACAUUGAGAAUGAUAUCAAUUUCGAAGCACCGCCGAAGAACCGGGAAACUGAACUGUUUAUGCGAUUCGUAACGAGCAUCGAUAAUGGCGUUCGGUCGGUGAUGUACAGCGACCAGAGUGGAUUCCAAUAUCAUCGCCGUGAAAAGGUUCAGAGCUUAGGCAUUGAAGCCUCGUAUUACCCAAUUACACAAGGUGCUUUCAUUCAAGACAAUGAACUUCGAUUGACACUGUUGACAAAUCAUGCUCAAGGUGCGGCCAGCCUUGAGCCCGGCUACUUGGAAGUAAUGUUGGAUCGACGAACACUCUAUGACGACUAUCGUGGAAUGGGCGAAGGCGUUGUUGACAGCCAACUGACGCAACAACGCUACUGGAUUGUACUGGAGCAAAUGGUCGAAGGGACCAAUGACGAUAUGAACAAUGUUCCACCCACUCCGAAUCGUGACUACGAAACGCCAAGCCAUUUUGUCAAUCGUUUAUCCAACGUUUUGAACUAUCCGGUGAAUUUGUUCUUCGUAGAGAAUCAAGAAGAUACCACUCGAAUCGAACUACACAAGCAUGUUCCAUUGGUCAAAAUGCAUUUCCCAUGCGAUGUGCAUUUGGCAACACUGCGAACACAAACCGAACGUGAUUUGCCGUUAUUCCCAGCGCAACGAGCGUUACUGGUUGUUCAGCGGCAGGCAGCCUCGUGCAAAGUUCGAGUGGUCGGCAAUCUCUGUCCCAACGAACAUGGUUUCAACGCUCAUGGCUUAGAUGUAUUCCAUAACAUUGCAUUAGAUCGUGUUUAUCAGACAUCGCUGACUGGCGUCUAUCAACACAAUCGAAUCAAUCAAUUCAAUAGCGUUUAUAUCGAACCAAUGGAUAUGGCAACAUUCAAUUUGACUUUCGUUUAAAAAACAAACAAAAAACCUCCGAUCCGUAUGAAGAGCUAAUUUAUUUCGCAUAGAUUUUAGUGCAAUAUUAUUACCAGUAUUAAUUUUAAGUCCCUUUAGUUUUUUUUAUUCGAUUAUCGUUUAUGUUUUCGACCGUUUUUUUUUUUUUUUUGUUUGUGCAAAAUGUCAAUUGUUUGUGUAUAAAGUAAGGUAAUUUUGUGAUUUCGAAUGAUGCAGAAAUAGGAAUAAUUUGUUUCUUGAAACAUGCGAUAUAUAGAAUGGAAUGGUAUAGAUUCAAACGGCUUAAGUGGAAAUGAACUGAAUGGACCUAUUUGAUCAACAAAUUACAAACUUAAAUCGAACCACUUAAUAUAAUUUUUUCAUAAAAGUGAUGGUAGCAAAAGUGACAGCUGAACCAAAUAUUAAAAUACUUUUUUUUGGGAAAAAAUCAUUUCCAUUAAAUCUUACCAUUUAAAAAUCGGAUGAAUACUGAAUAAAAUCACUAUGACAGCAUUUAUUCAACCGUGUUACAACAUAAACCAAAAAAAUCCAUUCAAUAAAUGAAACCCCAUAACAAACCCUCCCCAUGAAUAGAGAAAUAGAAUUUCUAAGUACAAAACAAAUGAUAGAAACAGAAAUACACUUUUUCAAAGCCAAGAAUGCUAAUCAUUUACCGAAUAUCGCCCCGUAUGUGUAUAUAGCUGCAACACCUUGUGAUUAAGUUUUGUUAGAAUGAAAAUCAAGGCUGAACAACGCAAUUAUUUCGAAAUAUAUUUUUCUAAACAUUUUAAAUGUUUUGAAACUUUGUCGAUAUUAUACAAAUACCUAGGGGGAAAAAUCAUUUUUUUCAUCUUUUAUAUCCGCACGCAUCAAGUAAUAACUUAGAAAUUCAAUGGUAUGCAUGUAAAUCCGAAAUAUCCAUGUAUAUUCAACAAUAUUCAUCGUGAACGACGAAUGAAUAUUACUGAAUAUACAUAGAUAUGUCAAAUUUACGUGUAUAUGAAUGAAAAAUAAAAUUAAUAGUGAAUCAAUCCUUCAACCUUAAAUUUGAUUGAUUUUGGUAGAUAACGGUGAAUAUUGGAACAUUUUUUGUCAUUACAGUCUAAUGAAUAUUAUUAAAUAUACAUAGAUAUUUGAGAUUGACGUGCAUACCAGUAAAUUUGUGCAGAUUGUAUCGUCAAAAAUGUUCCAAUAUUCAUCGUUAUCCACCAAAAACCUUCAAAAUUGGUUCAAAUUUUCGGUUGAAGGUUUGAUUCACUAUUAUUUUUAUUUUUUCAGAGUUAUUUGCGUUCUGCAAAAUCGCGUGAAGCCCCUAGACAAAUACUUUUUGACGGUGCUAUUUUCUUUGGCGAUAUUUUUUUCACUUCAUGUUAAUGAAAAAAAAUUUACAAAAAUCUAGUAUGAAUACUGUAUCAGUCAAAAAUCAUUUAAUGAUAUUUUAUUUUAACUUUUCUUAUUCUGAAUCAGAAUUUCUGAUAAAAAUACGUAUGCUGUUAAUUCACGCUAACGUUUUCGGAAACCGUGUUUCCAUCAUCAGGCGAGUUGAACGAAAACACAAACACUGAUCGAUGUAUUCCAUCAACAUCAUACCGUUCACAACAAAUGAAAUUUUAAUCAUUUAAUUCGUUUUGUUAUCGUGCAGUAAAUUUACCUUUGAGUGGUAAAAUUAUCAAAAGGAGGUUGAUAAAUUGUAUGAAAUAGCCGACGUGAAUGGCUUCAGUGGAAAAAUUGUCAACACACUGUUGAAAAAACAUAAAGAAAAGAAAGAAUUGAAUGAUUUAAGAACUUUGGGAAAUUCAAUCAAUAACGUGGAUUUUUUUUAAAUGGAAAAUGAAAAACUUAAUCUGAUUUGAAGAAAAAUUUGAUUUAAAAUUUAGCGAAAAAUGGGAUUCAAUUUACUUUGGAAAAAAUUCUCUUUUUUUGGUCAAAAAAAUUUAUUCAAUUGAAUAAACAAAUUAAAUUUUAAAUUCAAAAUUAUUUUAUUGCUUUAAAUUUCACUUUUAUAUUGCAAAAUAUAUCAUGUGAAUUCAUAAUUUUUUGGUCAAUUAUAGUUUUAAAUUCGAUUUAUUAAUUUAAACGAUUUAAAUUGGUUGAAGAAAAAAUGUUUCGAAAUAAUUUGUCAGCCUUGAUGAUAUGUGAAGAAAAUAAUAAUUUUUAGUGCAAAACUACCUAAUCACCAGAAAUAAAAAUUAGGUUUUAUUUUUUAAACAAAAUUAUUUUAGAAAAAACCGAACAUCGAAAGUUAGUUUGAAUUGGGCAUCAAAUCAAAUAACGAACAAAGAUAUUUGAUGGAUUAAAAGGCUCUCGGAAAUCGCCUAUGUUGUUUUUGCCAAAAACGUCAAUGUCAUUAGCAGCAUUGACGUUCCACUGACUUAAAAGCAUUUAAAUGUCAAUUGCUUUAACGUUCUAGCCACAAAUUUCCGAGAGCCUUUGAUUGAAAGGCCAAUUUGACGAAUUAAAGUUCAUUUGACGAAUGUUAUUCAUUGAAUGUGAACGAUAGAGCGAGACAUGAUAACCAUCCGUCUGUGAAUAUUGUCAAGAGAGAAUAUUUGAACAGAUACAGAAUCGAUAGGUGUAAUAUGGCUUUAAUCCCAAAAGUAUUCAUCUGAUUGUUUUAACAAUGAUUUAAGUGAAUAUUGUAGAUAAAAAAGAAUCUCAAUAGAGAAGGAGAAUAAUGAUGAAUUUUUUUUUUCUUCUGUGUAUUUAUGAAUUUCGAGUGGUACGUCGAUUAGACGUAAUAAAUGAAUGAUGUAUUUAUUUUUAUUUUACCGGGAAUUUGAUAAUAAAGAAUGAUCACCGUGAUGUGAUUCCUUUAGAGUA